AUGGGAAUUCCAGCAUUCUUCAGAUGGAUGGUAGACAAGUACCAUGGUCUAAUCGAGUCAACAAGGGAGCCAAGGAAUCAGGAUGGCACUCGCAUCAGAUGCGACAACAGUGAGCCAAAUCCAAAUGGAGAGUACGACAAUCUCUAUCUUGAUAUGAAUGGUAUUAUACAUCCUUGUGCGCAUCCUGAGACAGGACCACAACCGCGCAAUACAGAGGAUAUGAUGGACUCGAUCAUUGAGUACCUCGACCUCAUAUUCUCCAUCGUCAGACCGCGCAACCUGGUCUACAUGGCCGUCGACGGUGUGGCACCGCGUGCCAAGAUGAACCAGCAGCGUUCGCGUCGUUUCAGAGCGGCAAUGGACUCGCGUCUGGCCAAGGAGGCUUCGGAGAAGGAGAUGAUGGACAGGGUGGCCCAGGGCACUGCCACACAAGCAGAGAUCGAUGCCAUUCAGAAGUCCAAAGAGGACAAGUUCCACUUUGACUCCAACUGUAUCACGCCAGGCACAGUCUUCAUGGACCUCGUCUCACUCACACUGCGGUCCUACGUGGCCGAGAAGAUUUCAACUGAUCCAGCAUGGAAGAACGUUAAAGUUAUCAUCUCAGACGCAUCUGUACCGGGAGAGGGAGAGCAUAAGAUCAUGAGCUACAUCAGAGAGCAAAGAGCACAGAAGGACUACAAUCCAAACCUUAAGCACGUGAUCUAUGGUCUGGAUGCCGAUCUGAUUAUGUUGGCCCUGUCGACACAUGAGGCCAACUUUGACAUUCUAAGAGAGUUUGUCGAGACGAACAAGUCGCGAAAGGUCCAGCGCAGACACGACGCCGAGAAGACCGAGGAGGAGCUACAGGAGAUUGCCGAGCACAAGGACUUCCUGAUAAAGAACUACCAGCUGCUGAGUCUCAACCUGUUCCGCUCCUACCUGAGCCAGGAGCUGUAUUGCAAGCCCGCGUUUGGCUUUGAUAUAGAGCGAGUGAUCGAUGACUUCAUCUUCAUCUGUUUCUUCGUCGGCAAUGACUUCUUGCCGCAUCUGCCGUCGCUGCAGAUCAACGAAGGCGCCAUCGACCGUAUCAUGGAUAUCUACAGGGAGCUGUUGCCAACGUUCGAUGACUAUCUGACAGAGGACGGCGAGUUUGACCUGGACCGCGUCGGCCUCAUCUUCACGAGGCUGUCGCUGGUCGAGGAGGACAUCAUGUUGGAGCGCAAGCACAAGGAGGAGAACAUGAAACGUCGUCGCGAGAGGCAAAACAACAGAAACAACUACAACAACAACAGAGGCGCAGACAGCCUGGACCUCAAGGUCGGUGUGUCCAAGGAGCACCAGGCCGCCGCCAAGAGUCUGCUCAGCGAGCUGUUCAAAGAGCAGGAGCCACAGCAACCCGUGGUCAAGAAGAUCAAGUCCGAGGACACCGCUUCAAACAUGGACGCUGCUGCCAAGAUCCGCGAGCAACUCGCCGCGCUGAGGAGUCAGAACAAGCAGAUGAAGGAGGUGGUCGAGCAGGUCCAGGCCAACAUCACUACUGAGCCUAAAGUGGUGCCACCCAAGAGACAGACACAGAUGAUUGACAUUGUGCCCGAGCAGGCAGCUCCACCAAAGAAGGAGACCAAGAAGAGAAAGGAGAGAGACCAGGACGAGGAGGAGAAGAAGGAGGAGGAGGAGGAGAGGAAGAAGAAGGAGGAGGAGUCACUGCAGGAGACGACAUUCGUCAAUCACAUGAAGGAUGUCAACAUUGGCCAGAAAGGUUGGCGCAAGAGAUACGCCAAGAUGCACUUUGAGCCAGAGGAUGGAGAGGAGAAUGUUCUGCUUAGGGUGUGCCAGUCGUACAUCGAUGGUCUGGCAUGGGUCCUCAAGUACUACUACAAAGGCUGUGCCUCGUGGGGCUGGUACUACCCAUUCCACUAUGCACCCUUCAUUCUGGACCUCGUUGACAACCUGGGCGACAUUGUGCCUCCCGUCUUUGAGAAGGGUCUGCCAUUCAAGCCAUUCGAGCAACUGAUGAGUGUGCUGCCCAGAGACUCUGCGCAGUUCGUGCCCAAGCCCUACCAGAAGAUGAUGGGCGUCGACGAUGGCAGCGGAGAUUCGUCUCCCAUCAUUCACUUCUACCCAACCACGUUCAAGAUCGACGUCCAGCCCGGCGUGCCCCUGUGGAAGGGUAUCUGUCUGCUGCCCUUCAUCAACGAGCAGGAGCUGCAAGAGUCGCUGCGUCCACUGGACAACGUGCUCACCGACGAGGAGAUCUUCCGUAACAGCCGUGGCUCAGAGUACCUCUUUGCCAACAAGAACGUAGAGUUUGUAGCCAAGGACAAGAAGGGUCGUCAGCGUGGCGAUAUCGACCCCAAGCUAUCCAAGGACUUCUUGGGCAAGAUCGAUAAACUGCCCCAGCGUCUCAUUGAUAGACUGCCGCCCAUGCAGGAUGCCGUUGCCUACGAGUUCCACAACCCAGGCUUCCCAGAGGGCUACGAGUUCAAGUCUGCCAUGCUGCCAGGCGCCAUCAUGUUGCCAAGGACCCAGAACACCACGAACCAACCAUCCAUUCAGAACAGCGCAGCCAAUCGCAUGAUUAACCACUCGCUCGGUUCAAACCAGUACAAGGACAACCAAGGCUACAACCAAGGACGUGGAUUCAAUGGCGGUGGUGGACGUGGUGGAUACCAGGGCGGCGGUGGUCGUGGUGGAUACCAAGGUGGUGGCCGUGGUGGCUACAACAACAACAACAGCAACUAUGGUGGCAACAGAAACAACAAUAAUGGUGGUGGAGGUUACAACAAUGACAACAGCGUGUACCAGGCACAACAACAGCAGCAGCAGCAGCAGCAGCCACAGAUGAUGCAACAACAGCAGCAGCAGCAGCAGCAGCCUCAGAUGAUGCAGCAACAGAUGAUGAUGCAGCAACAGCAAAUGAUGCAACAGAUGCAGUACAACAACUAUGGAGGUGGCUAUAACAACAACUAUGGUGGAGGUGCCAACUACAAUGCCCAAUACUAUAACAACAACAACAGCAACUAUGGUGCCAACAAUAACUAUGCUGCUGCAGGCAACUAUGGUGGCAACUACGGUGCUGUAGCCAACAGCAACUAUGGAGCGAACAACAACUACAACUACAACCAACAACAACAAUACCAAAUGCAACCUCAACAAAUGCAACAAAUGCCUCAACAACAGCAAAUGCUUCCACAACAACAACAAAUACCUCAACAGCCACAACAACAACAGAAGCAGCAGAGACAACCAAACAACAAUGAUCCACAACAGCAGAUGAUGAAGAUGAUGCAACAAUCCACUGUCUACAACUCCAACCAAACUCAACCGAGAGCAAACAUCACUGGCGAGCAACAACAACAGAACAAAGGAAAGUAUACUCCCUUUGCCAAACAAUCCAAGAAGUAA